AUGGUUGCCAUCAAGAACAUCUCCGCCGCCUCCGCCCUCCUCCUCAGCGUUGCUGACUUGGCCCUCGCCGCCCCUGUUGGCGCCUCCCUGGACACCCGAGCCCCCAAGGGCCGCAAAUUAGGCCACGCCGUCGGGCUGUUGAACAGCGCCAUCCAGGCCGGUGGACAGGUUGGAGCUGCUGCUGCAGGCCGCCCUCGUGAUCUUGACGAGCUCGAGGAGCGAGACAUCGAGGAGCGAUCCCCCAAGGGCCGCAAACUAGGCCACGCCGUCGGGCUUCUGAACAGCGCCAUCCAGGCCGGUGGACAGGUUGGAGCUGCUGCUGCUGGCCGCCCUCGUGAUCUCGACGAGCUCGAGGAGCGAGACAUCGAAGAGCGAGCCCCCAAGGGCGGCAAAUUGGGCCACGCCGUCGGGCUGCUGAACACUGCUAUCCAUGCAGGCGGACAGGUCGGUGCUGCUGCUGCCGGCCGCCCUCGAAGCCUCGAACAGCGAAGCCCCAAGGGCCGCAAGCUCGGCCACGCCGUCAAGCUCGGAAACUCUGCUAUCCAGGCCGCAGGCCAGGUUGGUGCCGCCUAUGCUGGUGCUCCCCGUUCUCUGGACACCCGGUCCCCUAAGGGUCGCAAGCUCGGCCACGCCGCCAGGCUCGGAAACUCUGCCAUCCAAGCCGCUGGUCAGGUUGGUGCCGCCUAUGCUGGUGCUCCCCGUUCUCUGGACACCCGAUCCCCCAAGGGUCGCAAGCUCGGCCACGCCGCCAGGCUCGGAAACUCUGCCAUCCAAGCCGCUGGCCAGGUUGGCGCCGCCUACGCUGGUGCUCCCCGUUCCCUCGAGGCCCGAUCCCCCAAGGGUCGCAAGCUCGGCCACGCCGUCAAACUCGGAAACUCUGCCAUCCAAGCCGCUGGCCACGUCGGCGCCGCCUACGCUGGUGCUCCCCGUUCUCUGGACACCCGGGCCCCCAAGGGCCGCAAAUUGGGCCACGCCGUCGGGCUGCUGAACAGCGCCAUCCAGGCCGGUGGACAGGUCGGCGCCGCGGCAGCCAGCCGCCCCCGCGACGUCGAGGACGAGGACCUCUACGCCCGUGACUUCGAUGAGGACCUCGAGGAGCGUGACAUUGACGAGCAGGAGCUCGACGAGCGCGACCUCCUCGAGUACAUCUACGCUCGCUACCUCGAGGAUGCCGAGGACUUCGAAUAG